AUGGGAGCGACCCGUCUUCUUGCCAGCCUCCGCCGCCUCAGACCCGACCCAUCGGCGUCGGCGCUGUUCGGUCGCUUCCAGAACACCGGGCCCUUCCCACUGCGCGGCGGCGCCUUCUCCCGCUACGGUAGUUCUCACGACUCCCUGCGCCUCCGCAGCCCGUUCCUUGGAACCUGUAGACAACUUUCGUCGUUGGACGGACUGACCGGCGGUGGCGGUGGCCAUGAGGAUGGUGAGGUGAGAAAGGGGGCUGUCUCCAUUGAAGGAUCGGAUUUGCACGAGCUCUGCACCGAGGGAGGCGAGGACAGUCUCUGGUACGCUCCUGUGCGGGGAGUCAUCUCGCUGCUGGAUGGGUACCAUGAGUUCACAGGUCUUCCCUGGUAAUCUCUCGAAAACCGGGCUUGGGCUGCGCAAGAGUGGUCUACUUUGUGUCUUUAAUGGAACAUAUUAAAAGUGUGUUACCUUCUGACGUGGAAUGGUAAUGUAGGCUUGCAGAUUUUUUUUAAAAGUAUUGCCAAAAAAUUAUUUGAAGAAGCGACUGGGAAGUGAAGAGUAAGGACUUUGGCUUAGACGGAUGUUGAGUCAGAUUUACUGGAUUGAUGAUUUCCCAGUCCAAAAACUAUUGAGCUAAUUGGAAUCAAAUAGUUGGGUGCUUAGGAAUCUGAAAAAUGAAAUUCUUAGCAUGAAGAAUCUGUAGAAAAGAUGAGACCAAUGCUGAUUAACAUCUUUGAUUCAAUUAAUUUAAUAAUGGAACGUGUUAAAACAUGGUCCGAAUUGAUUGCCAAAUAUUAUAUAUCUGAGUAGGUUGAAUAAAUUUCAUAUGUAAAUUAGUGGGCUUAGGUGGUAGUGCUAAAUUGUUACAUUUUUGAGAGCGUGGAGGAUCGGUGUUGACUGCCACCAACUGCAGCCUCCAUUCAUGAUUGCCAUAUAUUCUGUCUUCAGUACUAGGGUAUUGAUAUUCUUGUCCCGACUUGUUUGGAUUAGGAUAAGAUAGUACUGUUCCUCGCUGAAACUAUUUUUAACCUUAUUUUCUCAGAAAGAUAUUGGGUAACAGAUUUCCUACACUCUGAUGACUGUGCUCUGAUAUUUGUGUAUCAUUUUCUUCUCCUCCCGUUCUCAGUCUCUUUUACUAUUGAAACAUUGUAGACUUGUGUUUUGUUCGUUUCCUCUGUUCAUGUUUUCAUGCUACUGUCUCCUUCAUGCAUAAAAUUUGGCCCCACUCCCCACUUCCAUAUCAAAGGUAAAUUUACAAAUUUUCCUUUUCUUCUACAUUUACACCUUAUAAUUCUCUUUUCGCAUGGAUCCAUUUUGUUGUUUAUGAACGUUAUAACUAUACAGCGUGGUUGUUCUAAUUGAUACUUCAUGAUCUUGUUUCAGUUUAGGAUUUUCUGCUUAGUAGAGCAUGAGAGAUGUACUCUACUCUGUUCCGUCACCUCUUCUUGUCCAGGUUCCUCACAACCACAUCAUAUGUCUACAAGAGAUAUAUGUACUCUAGCAUUCUCCUUCAACUGAUAAUGGGUCAUAUCUCUAGAAUUCUACAAGAGAUUCUGCCUUCUGUACUCGAAGGGCGGCACAUGUUUGUUGGUCCAUGCUACUGAAUUAUUUAAUAAUUUUUUUGGCGCAUUCGUGGCAUAUUCAUUGUAAUAGUUUUUCUUGUGGUUAAGUAGAGAUACUGAUACCUUAGAAAGAAAAGGUCUUUAUUUCCCUUCUUUAUAGCUUUUAGAUUAAAAGAGUAUCAUUUUCAUUUACCCAUUCUUCCAGCAGCGGUUUGAUAAACUGUUAGAACUGGAGUAGGCUGGAUUAUUCAAAUUUAUCUGAGAUAACCCAGCCUUCCGAGUUUGAUAACCUGAAAUGGCUGAGAGAGCCACAUGAAGCCCAGUUAAGGAUAAACUCAGCUAAGGUUGCUUAACUUAUUGGACUAAGCACCAAAUAGCGAGAAACUCAGCCUGUUUAACUUAUCCUUGCUGUUAUUAAACUGAAAUCUAAUUUAAACUAUGGCAGGGAGAGAGAUAGAUUGUUAUCAAACUUAAAGUCGGAUAAACUGGAAUCCAAAUCGGAGGAGAAGUUAAACUAGUUAAUCCAAACUGGUUAUCAAACUGCCCCUACACUUUUAAGUUUUCAGUAAAUUCUUUCAGUAUCUGUCCAUGAGCUGGCUUCAUUUUUAAUUAGUCACUUUUUUUACUAUAAGGAUAAUAGACAAAGGCAUCUAGUUGUUGUGAUCCAUACUUCAUCUAGCGUUUAUGUGGGUCGAAAUGAUCGGCUCUUGUUCAGUGAUAUUAAUGGCCCAAUUUAUUCAGAAUUUCGAUUCAAUGAGUGAUCUCCAUGUACAAAGUUGUUCGUUCAGUGCUAAAAGCUGCAAUUUUACAGAAGUUUACAUCACAUUUCAGGUGGAUAACAAUUGCUUCCUCUACCUUUGCCCUUAGAGUGUCAAUACUUCCUGUGCUGUUAUUACAAUUCAAGAAGAUGCGAAAGUUGUCGGAGUUGUUUCCUAAAUGUGAGAAUGUGUUUUUCUAUUCCAUUUUAAAAUAUACUAAUCUGUUAUUAAUUAUUUGGCAAUGGAUAUUCUAUUUCGCCCUGUUUGAUCUCAUGUCAUCUCUAAUCAGCAGUAAUUGGAUUCCUUAAGCUCUUUAGAGCCUACCCAUGCCACAUUUUUCUGUAAUAUAUUAGUCGAUAAAAUGGCAUCCCAUGCAACUGGAAGGUCAUUUAUUGUCUCUGUAUGUAUUUAUUUGGAACCAUUCUUAUGUUAUUUUCUAAUUUUAUUACAACAAAUGGACACUUCAUGUUACGUCAUGAAGAAUUAAUAUGAAAUAAUCGAAGGCAAGUCACAUGUUUUGAUUCUUUAAUUUUUUCGUUGAGAUAUUUCUUGAUAUCUUUUUGAUGGUGUUAGAAUUAAUGGUUCUAGUUUGUGUUGGUCUUCACUUCAGAUUACUUGUACAUCUUUCUUUGUAAGGCUGACAAUUUCUUGAAAACGGACUUGGAUUGUGGUGAAAAAUCGUCUUAUAGGAGCUAACAAGCUUUUGUGUACAUAAGUUAAUAGUCAUGCCUUUUUCAAGUGUUGCACUAGAUGGGUCCUGAUGGGAGAUGAAUUGAGUUGAUUAAGGCUUUUGUUACAUUUACCUCGUUCUUUGUGUUGGGGAAUGGGGGUCUGUUUAUGUGCUUCCAUCGCAGUAGACUCCUGUACUUAUCACAGACCAAGGGUUUAGAUACUUGGUGGUAGAUCAUACUUGAAUGACGCCAUUGCCACUAAAAAUAAGAAUUUUGUUUGAAGGGUAUUCUGGGGUAGUCUGAUGACGAGAACAUGUGGGUAUGUUUAUGGAUGAGAAUUUAAACCUUUUGCCACCUAUGUCGAGAAAAUGGCACAUCAUUGGAUAUUUGUUCCAUGGAUGUUCUUUUAUAUGCGAGAUUUUUCUGACAUUAUUCCAUGCACCGAUAUUCAAUGGCAACAUUAAACCAACUUUGAAGAGGUGUUGUUUACGCUCCUCAUGGAAAAAAGAAAUCAUGCGCUUUAGUAAUAUAGUAAUUUAUCCUUUAUGCAGUCCACUUGGGUGGUUGAGUAGAGUGGAAAAAUUGCAUUUCUAAAACAAAAAGUUUCUUAACUGCUGGAGUUUUUUAAUUGGGUGUGGUUGCAUUUAUGGUAUAUAUUAUACCAUCUUCGUGUAUGACAGUUAUGUUUAAGGGUCUUUGAACAGCUCUCAUAUUUGACGCUUUGAUGGAUUUUUUUAAUAAUUAAUUAAUUGGUUUUAGGUCCUUUCAAAAAAUCAGCAUCUUAUUAAAGUUCCAAUGAUUUUUUUCUGUUGACUUUCAGUCCUAGGAAAAUUCAGGAAGGUAAGGCUUAUUGCUUUCAUCCUGAGCGACUAUAGUAGGCUGACUUCAUUUAGAUUUAGAAGAAGCUGCAUCUAGUCAAAAGUUAAGCAAGCAUGGUUAUCCCAUGUUCCCACCCUCUUACUCCCCCUCCCCCUCCCUCUCUUCUCCCAGACUCCAUGUCUCCCCAUGCUCUCUCUCUCUCUCUUUCUCCUUCUUCCCUCACAAGAUUCCACACAUCCCCAAUUGCUCACCACCUUGAGCAUUUUUUCUCUCUCCCUUCACGCACCUCCCCAACAAGAUUCCACGUAUCCCUUUCUUACUCUCUACUUUGAGCAUCUGUCUCUCACUCCCCCCAGUAUCCUGCACAUCCCUGACUUAACUUUCUCUCUCUAGGAAUUUUUUUCUGAAAGAAGUUAUAUGGCAAGAUGAGAAAAAUAUUUCGACUUUAUGAUAUCUGAUCAGUUAAGCUUAUUUUAUUCAGUGAUUCGGACAUGGUGAUCUGAAACACUUUGGAUGACUUAAUUGACUUGGUAUGGUUCGAUCUGACUUGGGAUUAGGGAUUAGUGUACAAAUUAUUUCAAAUAAAAAAAUGAGAGAGAUGGAUGUAUUUUACUUUUGGCCUGGAUUGAUACAUAUUUGGUUGAUCAUUUAGCUCAUAUUCUUUCUUUACUAAAACGCUAAUUGUCUUUUCUGUCUUAUAUUUGAUUUCAUCACGUUAUUAAUUUAUAUAAAUAUCGUUGUAUAAAAAAAGAAUGUAAACAGGAGGGAACAUAAAUGUCUUUCGAUGUAGGCUUCGAAAAUGAACUUAUCAACCUAACCUUUAUGCGAAGUAUUUUUUGUCUUUAAAUUUUGAUGUCAUUUGCAGUUUUAUUAGAUUGUUGUUUGUUUAAUAGGCUUUGAGAUAUUCAGAGAACCAUUUCUGACCUUUCACCCCUUUCUCAAAGUGCCUCCUCCCCUGCCACCACCUUUUUCAGGAAAAAGUUUUACUGAACAAUUUAUGCUCUUUCGGAAAAAAAGGUUGGAGCUUGGCUGCCCCUCAUAUCUAUGGAAUUUUGUGUAUGUUUCUGUACAGGUAAAGGUUAAUUCUUUAUGACUUUUGCUUCUUUUUCUCAGGCAUGUUUUAUCUCGUAUCGAAUCCCAUAGAUGAUUUCUAUAUGUGACUAGGCACUAUGUAAUUAUCUUUAAGGGUUGUUGUUCCAUUUAUUAAUCUCAAGUUCAGUACAUGUAAGAUAGUGAAGAAACUGCCUGAUUGCUUGCAAGUAAAAUAGCACAUGUUUGAAACAGUUCUGAAUGAUUAUUGCCCUUUGACUUCAAACCCACUCGUUUCAUUGGUGUAUGUUAGAUUUUGGGCCUUGUAUGUUUUGAAACAGUUAGAAUCAGCCAACAUUGGCUUGAAGCAUAACUUGCAGGGCACAAGAUGUAAUGUAUUAAAAUGUCAUUGAAGUUUAUGCUACUUUUGAUCAGCACGGUAGGAUGGGAGUGAUAUAAUGCUCUCAUCAGACAUGUUACUGGUGAUGCACAGCCAUGGAAAAUACUACAUAUAUCCGAACCCAACUUCACAUUAGACUAAAAAGAUGCAAAUGCACUAAGUCUAUGUAAGGUGCGCAUGAAUUGAUUCAUAGUAGACAUAUCAGUGUAGUAAAAUGUGGUGAAAAUAAAUGCAGAAUUCACAGUUGAAUCAUAAGAAUACGCAUUACACCGGGAUUGUGUAUAUCAAAACCAAACAUGAAACUAAAAUAAAAGAGAGGAAUUUCAGAAACAUUCUGGAUACAAUGGGGUCAGUCAAAGGGGAGGUUUCGUCAUGCACAAGAUAAAAAUAUACAUGUGAAUAUUUCUUGGAAUAAAUGCAGAAGUGUCAUCCUUGAAUAAUGAGAUGAUGAAUGGGUUUUGAUUUUCCAUACUCGUCAUAGCUGUCUAGGGAAGUGUUACUUGCUGCACUGUUGUACAUAAUUGUUGAUUCUAAUCCCCUGAGAUCAGAUGCAGCUUCAGUUGGCAGUAAGGAUGUCAUUUCUGAUGUCUCUUUGUGAAGUGUACUUAUUUCAAUAAUCAAGGUUGGUCAACUUAUCAUCUUCUGAGAUAAAAGUGAAACUCUGAGUUGGAUCAUACCAAUUCAGCUGUGACUUUCAAAGCAAAACUAUAUGAAAGCAGCAGGUUCUUCUAGAGUCUUUAGUUAUGCAAGUUGUCUGAUUAUAAUCAUUAUAAAAGCAGAUAUAUCUUAUAUUAUAUGGUUAGCAUGUAUGGCUAUUUGGCUUGAAGUUUGAAGCACAAGUAGCUCCGAAGAGUUGAGUAAUCCAUUGACCUGCUUGGUUUCAGCGCCACAGUGUCUACUAUAAAGUCACCAAUGGUACUCAGAUAAAGCAGCCAAUUACACUGAAAGAUCCGUUCAAUCUCCCUAUGGAAUAGAAUAAGUUCAAUUAUCAUUAUUGUCGAUCUACAUAGGCUUCUUCAGUUACUACUUGUCCAAACAAGUUCCUACUUAGGACCAUAGUUUUGAUGCCCUUGGGAUCUUUUUAUGUGAUCAGAUGCAGUCAUGGUAUAAAGCUUAUCUAUUAACCUAAUAAAGGCAUUAUUCACAGGUAGGUAUAUCAUAUUCCCAUUAUUCAUCAAGCGUAUGCGUUUUGUAUUUAAACUUUAAUUUACUAACGUAUAAGCAGCAAUGUAUAAGAUACACUACACUCAUAGUUUACUAAGGCAUUCUUUUUUCCAGUCAAGAAUGAUCAUUGAAAGUUUGGAAAGGAAAGAAUAGAGUAAACUAGAGAAUAGGCUCCAUGUAGGGUUGUAAUUUAUAUGUAUAAGUACUAGUGCCCAAAAAAAAGCAAAGAGGAAAAAUAGAAAAAAAGGAAAGGCGGGAUAGGGAAAAUACUAUCCUUUCUUAACACCCUCCCUCAAAUUGACAAGAUAUCAGAUACUGGAGUUUGCCAGUGAACUCUUUGUACUGUUGAGUGGUUUGAGACGUGGUGAUUGGAUUGGGAGGUUGCUCGGCACAAGAAAUAGGAGGAAUGAAUUUUUUGAUGGAAAGGUAAUGCUGGUAGAUGUAUCAACAAUCUCUUUUUCUAUGUGGUAUGUUCAUGAUAGAUAGGUGUUGUAACGUUAUUUUUUUUCUUCUCUUUCACAUUUGAUUUUUAUUUUGAACCAUGUUCAUUUUUGGUAGAUUGGAGAUAAUUUAUUACUAUUGCCCAUUAUUAUGGCCCUUGAUUUGGGACAUUGGAAAUUUGACUCCGCCCCAUUGAUUAAAGUCAGUACUAAUUACAUCCUCCUAAUGAAGGAAUAUUCUUGAUUACAUGCGGUAAAAAAAUGAUGUCACGAAGUAAACAAAUUUUGCAUUUCAUGUUAGAUGAAUAGAAACUUGGAUAUGAAUCAAGGAUAUUAGAUUCUAUAAGGGAUAUAAGCUCAUUGGAACAAGCCUAUGAACAAGGUUUUAGACCACUGCCAAUUAGAUGUUCUAUGUGACGGAGAUCACUCAAUUUUGUUGCAAGUUGUUAGUGUAGGGCUGUUAAGGAAGGAUCCCUUGGGAGACGAGGUGUCUAACUUUAGUGGAUAAUACUUGUGAGCCUGAAUGUGGAUCCUAGUUAAAACAAAUUACGGACAUUGUAUAUCUAGCAUCAACAAGGCUACUAGAUGAAUUAUGUUCAUGGAAAGGUUUGAAACAUAAAGUGCAGGAGAAACGGUCAGGCUGUUGAGGAAUCAUAUUACAUCGAGGGACACGAAGUGAGCUAUAGUCAAUUGUGUCAUUUGCAAAUUAUUGGGAACAAGAGAUUACAAACUAGUAGAGCUAAUACGGUGUUGGUAAUCAUAAUAAAGGGUUUAGAGGAGGAACCAAUGGACAGAAGGGCUUGUUGAAGCUGAUUAACUAGAAAUCUGUUGGGCAGCCACUGUGCCAUGUUGAUAGUGGUAUCGGACAUGGCUGGGAUGUUUGAAGGAGAAAACUCAAUGCUAGUGAUAUCAGGAAAGAAGCGUUCUGGAUGAAUUUCUUGGUGACUUAUAAGCAUCAAGAAGGCAUCUUGAAGAUGACCUUCGAGAUGAUAAUAAUGAUCAAAGAGUUGAGCUGUGAAACUCGUGAUAUCUAUUCAAGAAGUUUGAGGGCAGUAUUAUGACAAGGCCGUUAGUCAGGAGGUAUGUCUAUACCUUAAGUAAUAGGACAAUUAGCAUAAACCUCUAACCUUACAGUGUGUGUAGGUUAGAGCAUGGAGUAGCAACCCAGAGAACAUAAGUGUUCACUUUAGUGAGCUGAGUAUCUCUUUUGGGAAUAUCUUGUGGACGACAUUAUGAUGGCUGAAGAAUACCUUAGAAAUGAUGCCGUAUGAGGACAUUGGCCUCAUGUAUGUGGUCAUAGCGACAAAAAUCCGUUUGGGUUGUCAGCAAUAAUGUUUGAUGAUGACAACAAUAACACCAACAGAAGAUGGCAAUAGAGUUCUUGAUGGUUCCAGCUGAGGCAGUGGCUAAAAUCUUUCCACUAUGGAAGCGUGAUAAGGGGGAAGCUGAAGGGAAAAUGACUAGAUCGGGAGAAUUUCAUAGAAAGAAGCGGACAUGUGGUGCAGAGAGAGAGAGAGAGAGAGAGAGAGAGUGAAAUUGUUGAUCUUGAGUUAGCCAGUAAACUGCAGGGAAGAGAGGGUUUUAAUGUCAUGCUACAAAUAGAGAGAAUGGAGAUAACUAGAAACCUGUCUCUCGAGUCUUGAUUUUAUAUAUGGACGCAAGUAGAAAACGUUAAAUAAAACCAAACAGAGGAAAAAAAGAUGGAAACACUCAACAUAAUGUACUUGUCUUUGUUGACGUUAGAGCUCCAAUCCCCUGUUAGAACAUGCACAUGCGAACGCCAUGUCAGGACUGAUUGUCUGAUCAAGGAGGGCUAUAUUGGGUAUACUCAUUUAUCGAUAUCUUUAGUUAUCCGAGUCUGUUUGAAGGGAUAACUAUCCCUUCAAACUGGCCCGGAAGGAAGUAUAUUGUGGUAAGCUUCAAUUGCUUCUUUAUUUCUGAGUAUGGCAAUACCUUACUGGACUUGUAUUCUAUUUUUUAUGGCUUGGAUGCCAUCGGGAUGGCCUGGCCCGAGCAUGAGGGUAGAAAAUAUGGCUCAGUUUUUACAGACUUCGGUAUGUUUGGGUAUUUUUCAAGUCAUGUUUACCGAAUAAUAUAUGGUUGGUACUAGUAUAAGUUGGACCAAUUUCCUACUUUCACAUAGUGAUUGAAAAAUUAGGCUCAAACGGACCAGUUUGUCUGCCUUGGACAAUGUCUACUAGCCUAUGUGCGAAGGUAAGUCGGCUCAAGUAAUCCAGGAUACCUUGUAGAUGUUCUAUGACUGGUUCAUGAUCAGCAUAGCAGACAACUAAUGCAGAGUUACCAAGAAUGUUAUUUAGUAUAGGUCAUCAUCCAUUUUCUAAAAUGGGGUCUUCUGUUCAAGUUUUUCUUUUCUCAGGAUCUGGGUUGAACAUGAGGAUCUUUGGAAAGUUCUGGGCAUUGCAUUUUUAUUUAGCAUAUUGAAGGAGUCAUGAGAUUAUAUUUUUGUUGCUAUUUAAUCGAAGACUGGGAAUGAGGUUGUUUAGCAUUCUCUUUUGUUUCUUUUGUAUUAUUUUCCUGUACAUUCCUCUUUCCAUUCUUUCUGUCAUACAUAGUGGCACCAUUCAUGACAGUGGUAGGAUACUUCUCUUGAUUCUGCUGCUGUUGAUGCAGCGGGGGAAGGAACAGAUUUCGAUGAUUACUUGCAUAGCGAUAAUUAGCUUUGGUAGGAACAAGGAUCAUCACACCCACAGCUCCAGUGCACUGUUAACCCUACUUGAUUUGAGGAAAUCCUCGUUCUAGUACAAUCUAACUGGGCGAAGUUACUAGCUGGAUCAAUAUAGUGUGAGCACCAUGCUGAAAUUUUACAUAAGCGAUUAACAUUGCAUACACUCAUAUGGAAUUAGUUAUCUUUUACAUACUGAUUUUGUGUGACUUCUCUUUUAUACACCUGUGUCAUCAGUCACUGAAAUAAGAUACUCUUGCUUGUUUCAAUAAAGCAAUAUCUUUUUAAAAAAAAACCUUUUAUGUACUUGAGACAUACCAGAACAUUUUUUCAUGUUACCAGUUCACCCUUUUUUUAAAAUUUACUUGUAUGGACUUGCUCUUCUGGCUUGGGCUUCUCACUCUAUUUUCUACACAGAUCCCUUGCUUCUUUGUAUGGAUGUUUAGCAUUCGAAGGAUGUCUUUGGACAAUCACCCUGGAUUUGACUGCGUAAGGGUCCUGAACAUUUUAGAAAAGUUUACAGGUUUUAUAUCUUUUUGGGCUUCUUUCAGUCCAUCUUCUUCAUUGUUGAUGCAUCAUAUUCUUUCUUUUUAUUUAAAGGAUACAUAAUUAUCUAGACCUCUGGAUAAAUUUUCUGUUUUCUAGUUACCAGGUUAAUCGAUUUUUUUAUAAACGUUUUUUGGUUAUCUAACCUUUUUGCUGUGCAAUUCGUCUGUGAUAAUUUUUUUGAUAAACGUCUGUUGGUUAUUUAUUUGGCUAGAAAGGUAAAUGCGUUUUUCUGGAAUGUUUUGUAUUUAAUGCCUGCGAACCGGACAAAAUAUUCUGUCUCUCCUUCAUAUUUAUUAAUCAAGUUUGAACUUCUUGAAGAUAAAAUCAAACAUCAUAAUGAAAUAAAAUAUACUUUUUGAAGCCCAAAGUGCAGCUUUUUGAUUUACAUGCUUGUGUAAAUCAAAUCUCUGAUUAAAUAUCAUGUUUAUUUCAUGUUAUGAUGGCAGAUCAUUUUAUUUAAUCAGCGACCUCAAGUUUUUGUGUGCUGAUUGAGCUAUGCAUAUGACUGCCAAAUAAUGGAGUAGAAGCAGAUUGUUCUCGUGGGAUACUUUUUGGGUCGUGUACAGCGAUAUCUUUCAUUCUAUAAUUUCUUAAAAAGCUGAUAAACUCAGUGUAUAUGUAAAACAUAUUCUUUAUUUUCCAUCUCUUGGACAUGCCUAAGGAAAAAGGUCUACUCUACGGCAGCAAACGUGUCUCUUAUAAUUUUCGCCAAAAUAUCAGUAAGAAUGUCCUUUUGGAUCUGCCAUUCCUUCUGUUCUGAUAACGGAAAAUAUUCUGAUCCACAUUUUGUUAUCUUCAUGCUUGAAGUGGCUUGCCUUCCUUCCCUUUUUACUUGACUUGCUUAAGGCUAAGAAUUGUCACUAACUAGCAUGAUAGGUUAUUCUCCAUUUUCAUUAUUUACAAACUGAUCAUGAUUAAGCGAGAAUUUUCUGACGCAAAUGUGUUUCAGGGGGGUAUACUCUGGUUCCAAAACUUGACAGCAUCUCCUGAAGGUGCUUUAGGUUGCAUUUUCCCAAUAUUAAUUGGUGGCCUACAUUUUCUAAAUGUUCAGGUAAUAUACAAGUGAGAUGUAUUUUCUUCCUAUCUAGACGUUCAUUUGCUCAGCGUUUUUCCAAUCUCUAUAAAUUUAUAGAUUGACAUUAUUUCAUCAAUAACCAUCUCCUUCCCAUCAUAAUGUCGCCACAUUAUACUCUUCUUGGGUGGAUGUGCAACAUAGAAAAACACGUUUAAUAGACAAAAGGUUAAGUUUGGCAUUGUUAAGACCUAAAAUAAUGAUAAAGAAAGCACAAUGAUUCUUAUCAGGUAUUGCUGUGUAUGAUUGCCAUUAAUGAAAUGGGUAAGGUGGACUCUUGGUUCGUUUCUGUAAGUAUACGUCAUCCAAGUUGUCAAUCUAUUAUUUCUGUUUAGAAUUCCUCGUCAUGUUAGUGAUGUUGGACAGCACUAGAGAAACCUGAUGGAUUCAUACUCCUUGGCAAGUUAUAUGAGGUAUGACAAACCACUGAUAGUUGAAUCCAGAGCUCACAUGAGGUCACUUAGGUGGAGUAUAAUUGGUAGAACUGGUGCCCCAUGCAAUGGCUGGGAAGACUCUGCCAGCAUGAACUUUCAUGGCUGGCCAACAUUGAUGUGUUGGCUGAACAGGGACAGCUUCAGUGCGCCUCAAUGGGCUGUAGCCAAAGGCUGGGCGGUCACAUCUUUGUGAGAUCAAUUCAGGGUAGGUUCCUGACUACGGUGUGCUUUGGAAACGCCACACAUGCGCUCUAGCUUUCAAUGGGACUGAUGGAGGGAUCAAGAGAGACAAAUAGAAAGACACUGGUGAAGAGAGGCAUGCUGUGGGACAUCUUGGAGAGGAAGUGAUAAGGGCACACAGUAGUGACAUGGUGACUUAAGGCUUCACGCCCAGCUGGAAGUAGCCAACAGAAAAAUACACAGACUUUUCGUUCAGAAAUUGUCGCUCUUUAUAAACUGUAUUUUCUUUGAAAAAUCACAGAGAAGACCAAAGAAGGACUAAGCUAUAACAAACAGCUCUUAGAAUAUUGCAUAAAUAUACUGAACAAUACUUUAGGUUGAAAAGGAGCAUAUAACUCUAUGAUAGAGAAGGAAGUAGUUCAAGAUCGCUUUUUGGCAUGGAGGCAAUGAUAGUGACAUAGCAUGAUUGUUAUGACUUGACAUCGUCAACGUUUAGGUUUUCCAGCUUGGCAUUGGUUAGGAGCAGUAGAAAUUAGGAUCCGAAGGAUUUUGGACCUCAGUUGGCCAUAUUGACCAACAAAACUUAUAUCUCCAGGGGUAUGGGUGAUAUCUUACAUCUUACAGUUGCGGUGGGGAAUGGGUGAAGGUCUUUAUUUGGAAGGUUGUUGUCUGACGCCUCUACUUUUACUAAACAAUUUCAGUCUCUCUACGAGCAUCACCAUUACACUGGAUUUGAGAUUUGGAUGCUUAUCCUCUUUGCAACUUUCUGGUUCAUUUAAAGUAAUAAUUUCUGAUUUACCUUUUAUCGUUGCAUAUCCAAUUGCAUUUAUUAUUCGUUAAAUAACUAACUCUAAUGAGAAAAGAUUCGAAUAUCUCAUUUGGGGAUAAUAGUAUCGCUUCCAACAGCUUGGUUUAAUGCAUAGCUGGUGCAAGUGAGACUUUUGAAAAUCCAUGAACAUGUAUAUUUCCUUCCCAUUUCAUUCUAUGAUUUUCAUGAUGAUGUUAGUAACGUUCUUAGUUCAGUAGUAACCAUAUCUAUGUAAUUAUCUUCAUAUAGUAUGUCCAAUUCAUAACUUUCUACAGAUUUAUUUGUUCAGCUCCAUUUUUUAAGAGUUCUUAGCUAUUUGACAUUUUGAGGACAUUUUAUGGUUUUUUUUGUCAUUUAACAGCAAAUGUACCCAUAAGCAUCAAUAUCUCAGAACGUGUAACCUGUCUAAAUGAAUCAUUACGCAUUUGACACUGGUGAUUGUUAUGCUCUGUGAUUUUCUUUGAUUAGGAAUAAGUCCACCUCAAAUUGGAAUUACGAGGGAUUUCAGGCAUACUUUUCUUUCACAUCAUUGUCUUGCACUGUUAUUAGAUGUUCCACUCCUUUUGUGCGCUUUUUUUCAUUUAUAUUUGACGUCUUGCGCUCCACGCCCAUUGCCAGAGAGUUUUUAUUCUCUGUGUCCUUGGAUAUGUAUGUUUAAUUUCGUUUUCAAUGGAUGCAGAUUUCUUUUCAGACAAUAAAGCUUGCAAAAAUGUCUGGAAUCUUUGGCUUAUUAGCAAAAGUGAGUUAUUUAUAAUUCCUGAAAACAACAAAUAGAUAGGCAGAAAUUCUUCCCUUUUAAUUUAUAAUUUUAUCUUUUACCUCAACUACAUGUUUGCAAACUCGCAUCCUUUCCAGAAAUUUGAUGGUGUUAGGAGAGACCUGAAGUCCAAUUUUUUUCAUACUUCAACUAUCUCUUGAAGAGCAUCCACCGUUUUAAUUUAAUGAAAAAAUCCUCCUUUUGUCAUCUUUAUUCCUAAAAUAUGUCUUGUUGCCAAGCAUGUUGCCCAUGGAUAUAUUGGAGGAUCCGUCUUAUAUGAGGAUCCUACUACGUUGAUAGCCAAAACAAACGGCCUUCUUUCUCUCAUUCUAUUAUGACUCACUCGUCAGCAUAGUACAAUUGGGUUUCUACUUGUUUCCUUCUGUUGGUUUUGCGGUUCAAUCACUGUUGACUUAUUUGUGUGCAAUCUUUAUUGCAGUAUUACAAGUUAUAUUUGGACAUUCUGACUUUCCCGCUUCUGCUAAUUGCUUUUAACAUUCCACAGGUUAGUACCAUUAUUUUUUCAAAUGCCUAAUUAGUGGUUGUUAUCCCAGAUGAUGAGUCUGCUGCUUUUCUUUCCUUCGUUCGUAAGAUUGUUGAGUUUAGUCGUGCAAGUCAAUGAGCGCGGUUCAUGGCUUGUGAAAAUGUCAUUUUCGGAUGAAUUAAAUAAACGACGCUUUUGCAUCGACGAGUAAAUCACUUCGUUAAUAUGAUAUGCUCUUGCCGCUGUCAUAUCAAUAAACAAUAUAAAGGAUGUCCUCAGCCUCCUUUGCUAGAGUAUCUAUCCAGGCCUUUGUCACAUAAACAAUAUAAGGGGUGCCAUCAGCCUAGAAGCCAUUAGCCGCAUAUAUGGUUUGUACAGCUUAAAAGCAACGCUGUUUUAAUGCUAUGAUAACGUCGUUAGGCAAUCCAACUCAGAACCAGCUAACAAUGCGUAGAGUGGGCCUUUUAUAGUAACAAACACAAAACUAUUGUACGAUGCACUCAUUAUUGACGUGAGCUACCUUUUCUAGUUCGAUAUCCACUCAUGUCUACCAUUGUUUGUCUGGCCUUCUUCACUAAGGAUGUUGGUGAAUCAAGUAUAAAGGGUUUGAGAUAUGCAUGUAUGUGCUUCCAUUGAUUAUUUCGGUCUCCUUGGAUAAUGAUCUUAUAGUAACAAAUUGAUUGCAUUCCGAGCUUGAUUCUGUAGUGGCUGAUGAUUUAAUUAUCAGUCCUUCGAACCAUGAAUUUUUUUAAUAGAUUUUUUGGAAUGUGCUCCAUACUACUUAUUUGGUUUUUCAAGCGUGAAAGUCCCAUCCUUAGUUCAGAAAAAGUCUUUAUAUGCAUAUGUUCAUGGUUUACGUCCUUUGCUUCUCUGGGUUUCCAUUAUCUCCAAAUUUUCUAUAUCUCUGGAAUCACGAUUGAUGUAAAUUCCUUUUGCAGGGAUCCCUAGUCUACUGGGUGACCAACAGUUCUUUGACUUUGGUUCAGGUCUGUGUCACCUUUCUUUUAACAUCACCUUGACAAGAACUUGUUUUCAGCAGAAAUUUUCUUCGGCUUUAUUAUUGUUUAUCGAAAGAUUGGUGUGAAUACUGGUUUCAAAAUCCAUCAGAUCACUAAGACUCAAACCUGGCCUAGCUGUAGCUAUUCCAUUUUCUGUCCCAUCUUUUCUUCUCAUUCGUUUUCCUUUCCAGCUUCGUUUGUUUUUGCAUGCUAUGGAGUGUGUUGAAAUGAACAUUUUUGAAAUUUUGGGUAAUGGAAACAAAAAAGGACGGAAAACCCUACCUCAAGACAACUCCCUACCCAAAUGGCUCUUUUUCCUUCUUUUUUUUUUCUUAUUAUUUUCUGAAUGUCAUGUUAUCUGCUUCUUUUCUACAAGAGAAAAUUCAGUGAAAUCCAGCCAAGACGAUGUCACUAAACUGUAGAGUGACUUGAACAUUAGGCUUGUUUUAGACCCACGCAAUUUUGAUGCGUGCUUAAGAAUUUUUCAAGUUUCUAUUGGGCUUCCCCAACUUGCUUGAGCCUAUCCAAAUCGCUUCUGAUUUCUCAUUGCCUGGCUUGGCUGUAGGAAAUAAUCAGCCCAAGUUUUUUAUGUAUUCUAAAUGGGUAAAACGCUCCCUUUCCUGCUGUGGUUUGCUGCCUUUCUUCAGGAAGGCCUUUUCUAUUGCUGUUGCCAGGGCUGUGUAGAACCAGUGCUUAAAUCUUUACCUGCGAUAUUUGUGCGGCUGCCUUUGUUUCCUCAGCUGGAAGAGUGGAGGAAUUCCUUCGGCCAAACAUCUUAACGCAGUGGGCAAAACUUGUUUUGCAGCAACUCUGUUUCAGACAUCCAAAUGUUCGGAAGAUGGUGGGGUUACCUGAGACGACUUCCCCAGCAAUCCCCAAAGAAAACCGCCCACCUGAGAAAAAGCUCCCAACAGAUGAUCAAGUUCCCCUGGAGACACUCCCCCCCCAGAAACUUCUCGAGGUGAGUAAAAAACCUAAAACUAAAAACUCCACCUUUCAUUUCUUGGCCUGUAUUUUCCUCGGUGAUGAUGAUGAUGUUCCCUCAGGCAUAUAUGUAUUUGACAUGUUUUGUAGCUUGCCCUCAACCUCAUGAACGAGCAAUCUCAAGAUGAAGCUCUUCCCCUGCUGCGGUAUCCCAUCUCUCUUUCUCUCUCUCUCUCCCUCUCUCUCUCUCUCUCUUAUGGGUAAUUUAUUCAGAGUCCGGAGAUGUUCCCAUGCAGGCUUGCAACCGAGAGAGACCCCGACCUGGUAAAAGCUUUCAUCGCCUUGGGACAGAUAUACUGCUCCAGAGGAUCACUGGAGGAGGCUGCAGAGUACUUUGAACUCGCCCUUUCCAAGGUUCAGUGAUCCUAACCUCCCCUCCGGAUACCACACAGCGUCUCUUUCAUUCCCCAUUAUCGAUGAUUCUUGCGCCAGCAGAGCGGGGAGCACGAGGUUGACAACAUAAUUCUUGCAUCUUUUGGGGCCGGGUUCUCCCGAAUCAAUCAGGUAAGUGGGUACAAAGUAUCCCAGCAGGCCAGACUAUUUUCAGUAAAUACUUGCUAUUUUUGCUGCUUCAACGCCAUUAACAUCAAACAGGGGAAGAAGGAGGAGGGGAUUGACCAUUUGAGGAGAAUAGCGCAGAUGAAGGAGCCAGAGAAGCCCACUGACAAAGCCUCCUACUACACAGCGCUGGUGCUCCUAGGAAGGUGCAGCCUUGGAAAUAAAUAUAAAUAAAUAAAUAAAAAUUCCUUGAAUGAUUUUUCUUUUACAGGCUGUUCAUCGUAGAACACAAGUUAGUGGUGUAACCUGGAGAGUGUUCUUAUGUUUCAGUACUCUCUACAACGACGGGGAGAAGUCAGAAGCAGCGAGGUAUCUUCGGAUGGCUGCGGCCUACGACCCUGCCGUCAAUGCCUACUUGAAGCAGUGUGAAGAAGAGUAG